UUUUGUACACAGAUCUCUAACAUGCUUGUAGACUCCGAGCCUAGGCUAGCCUACUAGAGCGCAAACCUUGAUUAUCUAGUAGCUAGAAUACGUGUGAAACGGAAUCGGGACCCAACUCCGCAAAUGUUGAAUUUACUAGUGCACACGGGUUGCUAAAAAGUAUUGUCUGUCUCUAACGGUCCUGCUACGGUGUUGUGCCGCCACUGCAGCACCGAGGCUACCGACCGACACGCUGUGGCUGCAUGGGAUCGGAGAAGCCCGUGGUUAUUGAGUAUUGUGAUGUUGGACUGAUGUCGGGACGAUCUCCGGUUUAAAUGUUCGCGACGGGAAAAGGAGAAAGUCUUCCCUGUCUUCUAUUAAUACGGGAACAUAAUGGCUUUUUCCUGGCUGAGUUGUUCACUUCUCCUGGGAACUUUGUGUGCAGGCUGGGGCCAUGGCGAUGUGGAGACCAGAGAGUGUGUGUACUACAAUGAUAACUGGCGUACAGAGCGUACCAACCAGAGUGGUGUGGAGAGGUGUGAGGGGGAGAAGGAAAAGAGACUACACUGCUACUCCUCCUGGCUCAACAUCUCAGGAACCAUCAAACUGGUGAAGAAAGGCUGCUGGCUGGAUGACUUCAACUGCUAUGACAGGCAGGAGUGUGUGUCCAGGGAAGUGAAUCCCCAGGUGUUCUUCUGCUGCUGUGAGGGGAACUACUGCAACGAGGGGUUCACACACCUACCUGACCUCAUCGCCGCCGGCAACAGAGUGAAAAUCCGUCCCCCUCCCAGAGUGCCGUCUCUGUUGAAUAUCCUGGUGUACAGUCUGCUAGCUCUGUGUGUUCUGUCGCUGACCCUGCUACUGGCUCUGUGGAUGUACCGACAGCGCAAACCACCCUACGGAGAUGUUGACCUCCAUGAGGACCCUCGGCAAACCCCUCCCUCUCCCAUGGUGGGGCUGAAGCCUCUGCAGUUACUGGAGGUGAAAGCUAGGGGGCGCUUCGGCUGUGUGUGGAAGGCUCAGCUGAUGAGCGAAUAUGUGGCUGUAAAGGUCUUCCCUGUUCAGGACAAGCAGUCAUGGCAGAAUGAGAGGGAUAUCUUCCUGACUCCUGGUAUGAGACACGAGAACCUGCUUCGUUACAUCGCUGCAGAGAAACAUGGCAGCAACAUGGAGACUGAGCUCUGGCUCAUCGUGGAGUUCCACGAACGGGGUUCGUUGACUGACCAUCUGAAGGGCAGUACGGUGACCUGGUCUGAAAUGUGUCAUAUUGCUGAGACCAUGUCCCGUGGUCUGGCUUACCUCCAUGAAGACACACCCAUCAAGGCAGAAGGUUCCAAACCCACCAUCGCACACAGGGACUUCAAGAGUAAGAACGUGAUGUUGAGAGAUGAUCUGACAGCCAUCAUCGGUGACUUUGGUCUGGCGGUCCGGUUUGAGCCGGGGAAACCUCCAGGAGACACCCACGGACAGGUGGGUACGUGGCGAUACAUGGCCCCUGAGGUUCUAGAGGGGGCUAUAAACUUCCAGAGAGACUCCUUCCUGAGGAUUGAUAUGUACGCUAUGGGGCUGGUGCUUUGGGAACUGGUGUCACGAUGCAUCGCCACAGACGGUGCCGUAGGGGAGUACAUGCUUCCGUUUGAGGAGGAGAUUGGCCAGCACACGUCUCUAGGGGACCUUCAGGAUGUGGUGGUUCACAAGAAGAUGAGACCGGUCUUCAAGGACACCUGGCUCAAACACCCUGGUCUAUCUCAGCUGUGUGAGACCAUAGAGGAGUGUUGGGACCAUGACGCCGAGGCUCGUCUCUCCGCCGGCUGUGUCGAGGAACGCAUCUCCCAGAUCACCAGGACAACCGUCAGCACUACCUCAGACUGCCCAGUCUCCAUAGUAACGUCAGUAACCGACGACGACGACCUACCUCCCAAAGAAUCCAGCGCCUGAGUUCUGUGUUAUUAUGACAUCACAGCAGUGACAUCAUCACGGAAGUGGAACAAGCGACAGUUGAUGCUCCUGACUUUUCCAGCCUAAAAAAAAUGGUUUUUAAACAACUUGAAUACAGCUGCUAUUUUUAUCAUC